GAGAUAUAGUAAGAAGAGAGAUAAAUACAGUCUAUACAGAUAAUCAAUUAUGCAUAAGACCAAAAACAAACACAGUAGGAUUUAUUAUGUACCCAAGACCCAACUUUUUGCAUCCAUGCAAUCUGGAACCUAUUAUUAGUUACCUCCAGGCCUUAAUAAAUGCCUGAUCUUUCUUCCUGGCUCUACUUUUUGUUUAGUCCCAAAAUGACAGAUCAUAUUUGAUCUUCAAUUUAUUCACCCAUACCUCAUAUUCAUAUAUCCUCAUCUAAUUCAUUUAGACUUUCCAAAAUAUCCCAUAUCCUUCUCUUCCUCCUCAUUCACUCAGCCUUAGACUUUUCUUUUCAUUCAUUCUUUCUUUCUUAUAUUCUGUUUUUCAAAUGGCUUCCUCAAUAACCAAACCAGGAAAACAACUAGGAGAGCUUCUUCAAAAAGAGCAAGACCCUUUUGUUCUAGACAUUUUCUUGAAUGAAAGACGGUAUGUGAAAAGAAACGCUAGUGACUCAAAUAAGAGCAGAAAAAGAAGAAAUGCCAUUCCAAGCUGUUCCAAAAUAUUGAGAGCUAUACUUGGCAAGUUUGGCUUCAAUAAAAGUGAUCAAAGUCAGAAUACCAGGAGCACCGAUACUACUACUACUACUACUACUGAUGAUGAUCAAAUACAAGGAAAAUCCAAUGAGAAAAUGAAAAAUGUUAUUGUUCAACAAGUUUCCGAGCCAGAUAGACUUUCUUCUGCUAGCAGUAAAACGGUGUAUAAUUCAUGCUCCGACAGUGAGUAUUCUCAAGAUGAAUCAUCAACUUCAUUGGAUCAACAUGAGCAUGACUCAUUUGAAGCCACGAGACUCAGCUACAAAACAGGGAAAGAGCCAACACAGGCUAUUUCAGGUGGAGCUUUUGUGUUUCGACAACUCAUUGGAAACAAUAACCGCAGCUCAGUGUCAGUAGUACAAGAAGAAAGUUCUUUAUCCCAAGAGAAAAUCAACCUCAUAAGGAGACAAUCACUAGAGACUAAAACAAAAAUCAGCAGCCUCAUUAUGGCAAGGGAAGUAAGAGAGAAGCCAAGAAAUGUUAGUACUAAGAUCUCUGAUCCGAGGGAGCUUCACAAUCUCAAGUCCAAACCUUCGCGGCAGUUUCUCAAAUCCAAGAGAGUCUUGAGCAAGACAAGGCAGCUUUUGUUUGAAUGUGUGAGAGAGAUCGUAGAAACUCAUGCAAAGAAGGAGAAAGUUCAUUAUGGUAAGGGAGUGUUGGGGCCAGAGGAGUUAGGGGAGCUUCUAUGGGAGAAAAUGAAGGCUUGGAGUAAACAAAGUACCGGAGAUGAUACUAACAAUAUAACGUAUUUAUUGUGUUUGGAUUUCGUUGACACAGCUCAAGAGUGGAACGGUUUUGACUCAGAAAAGAAAGAAAUCUUUUGGGAAAUUGGAGACGCCAUCGCAGAAGAGAUCAUGAACGAGUUUGUCAUUGAAACUAUGUGUUAAUUAAUGGUUUAUCUCCCUCUCUAGACAUUAUCUUAAGAUGACCAUAAAUCAAGAAUAAUAAUAACAACUAUCUUUUUGGUUAUUGCAUGUUGUAUAUCCUAUAUUCUACUUUAAAUAACAUAAUUUAUCAACUGUAAAUUUAUUUUAACAAGAAAAGUAGAAGAAGAACAAUUGCUCUCCAGCUUCAUUUUCA